UAAAUUAUAACCUUCGGACCCAACGUCCCCAGAGGUUUCAUGAGGUCCCCUCUUCCAAAGAUUCUGAGGGGGGAAAAAAAGGUUCUACUUUCUCCAACGCUGCAUCCCCCUCCCAGCCCCAGCUUCCCAGGAUGGAUGAGGAACAUCUUCACGAUGAUCUGCGCGUUUUUAAAGACAGAAACAUCUUCCAGCAGAAGCUGAAAUCCUUUAGCACGGUAUAUUUGCUCCUGGCCUUCUCCUUUUUCCUGAUCGUCACCCUCUCCGCCGUCUCGCUCUCCAGAGUUUCAGCCCUUUCCUCUAAACUCAACACGGUGCGUACGGAAGAGAAGCAGAACCGGAACGUUUCCAGCAGGGAUUUUCUCUUGUUUCCCUGCGGCCCCGACUCCAGGGAAUGGGAAUAUUUUGAUGGAAAAUGUUAUUACUUCUCCCUCACCCGCAUGAGCUGGCACAAGGCGAAGGUCCAGUGCGAGGAGAUGCACUCCCAGUUGGCUGUCAUCAACAGCUACGCCAAGCAGAAUUUUGUCAUGUUCAGGACAAGGAAUGAGCGUUUCUGGAUUGGGCUCACGGAUGAGAAUUCGGAAGGGGAAUGGGAAUGGAUCGACGGGACCGACUAUAAAACCACCUUCACGUUUUGGAAGGAGGGAGAACCCAACAACAGCGGCAACAACGAAGAUUGUGCCCACCUCUGGGUCUCGGGCAAGUGGAACGACGUCUACUGCACCUACGAGUGCUACUACGUCUGCGAAAAGCCCCUGCCCCACUGAGAUGGGGGCACCAGAUGAAGCCCCGGCGCCUCAAAUGGUCCUUUUUAUUUUUUUUUCGUCUUAAUUUAUACCGUCCGAGCGCCCGCUCCCCGCUCUUCCUCCCUACCCCGUUGUCCCGAGGAAGAGCAGGGUGGGAUUUUGAUGGUCCUAAGCGAUAAACGCAGGAAUCCGGGUUCUCCGUGGGGAGCUCAGCUUAAUAAAGGACGAUUAUUGCUCUGGUUAACGAA